AUGGGUGGAGAAGAAGAAGGCGGAGGCGAGGAGUACCUGUUCAAGAUAGUGGUGAUCGGGGAUUCGGCGGUGGGCAAAUCCAACUUGCUCUCCCGCUUCGCCCGCAACGAGUUCGACGCCAACUCCAAGGCCACCAUCGGCGUCGAGUUCCAGACCCAGCUCCUCGACAUCGAUGGCAAGGAAAUCAAAGCCCAGAUCUGGGACACCGUCGGCCAGGAGCGCUUCCGUGCCGUCACCUCCGCCUACUAUCGCGGCGCCGUCGGUGCUCUCGUCGUCUACGACAUCACCCGCCAAACCAGCAAACUCCUCUUCUACUUUUCCCCACUUCCUGCACGAGAUUUCUUAGAUAAUUGA